GCUCUGGCAUGGGGGGCGGCAGCUGACUCAACUCUGCCCCCCUCCCCCCAAGGCCCUCACAAAUGUCAUCAAGAAAUGGGGCAAUUUUGCCCUCAGUGCCCUGGGCAGCCCCCCUCCCUCGCCCCUUUGUGAUGUCCCCUUCUCUCUUUCCUCGGCGAGCUUGCUUUCUCUCCCAUGACCUGACCCACUUUGUUCUCUGCCUCUGCCUGCCCCCCAGUUCCCCGGUCUGUGUUGGGUUGAAGGGCAGGGGACAAGCGCCAGAGGUACUGCUGGCGGUAUAAAGCCAGCAGCCUCUGCUGAUCUGGGAGAGGUCCAGAAAUAAGGGGCCGCAGAGGGUUGAGACGAGACUUCUAGGGCGCCCUUUGCUCGGCUGGAGGUGAAGGUAGCGGGAUUUGGCCUCCACUGAAUGGACCAAGCUCAAACUGUGUAGGAGGCUUGCGGGAGGGGACAGGAAUGGGAGGGCUCUGUCUGCCCGCCCCUCCUCUCCCUUGCAGCCCUCGUAGCCCGCCCACCAGUCUGAGCUGCUACUGCUGAGGCUGGUCGGCCUGAAGUCUCCCGGACAGAGGCACAGACAGCUGAAGAGUCUGGAAUUAAGGAGAAUCAUGGGGUCCAGGGCUGAGCUGCACACCCUCUUAGGUGGACUCUCAUUCCUCCUGCUACUGAUGUCAGGCCAGGGGGCCAAGGGUGGCUCCUUCAAAGAGAGUCAGGGGGUCUGCUCCAGGCAGACGCUGGUGGUUCCACUCCGUUACAACGAGUCCUACAGCCAACCGGUAUAUAAGCCCUACUUGACCCUGUGCCCUGGAAGGCGUGUCUGCAGCACCUACAGGACCACCUACCGCGUGGCCUGGCGGGAGGUGCGGAGAGAAGUGCAGCAGACCCACGCCGUGUGCUGCCAGGGCUGGAAAAAGCGGCAUCCCGGGGCGCUCACCUGUGAUGAAGACGUGGAUGAAUGUAGAACUGGCGUCACUCUCUGCUCUCACCGGUGCCACAAUACGGCAGGCAGCUUCACCUGUGGCUGCCCCCACGGCCUGGUGCUGGGCCCCGAUGGGCGCACUUGCGCAGAAGGGGCCUCAGAGCCCCCAACCAGUGCCAGCAUCCUCAGUGUGGCUGUUCGGGAAGCUGGACGUGAAGAUCGUGCUCUGAGGCGGGAGAUCCGCGAGCUGCGAGGGCGCCUGGAGCGGCUGGAGCAGUGGGCAGGUCAGGCUGGGGCCUGGGUCCGAGCCGUGCUGCCCAUGCCGCCUGAAGAGCUGCAGCCCGAACAGGUGGCAGAGCUGUGGGGCCGGGGCGACCGGAUCGAGUCUCUCAGUGACCAGGUGCUGCUGCUGGAGGAGAAGCUAGGCGCCUGCUCCUGUGAGGACAACAGCCUGGGCCCAGGCCUCAGUCGGCGGAGAUAAGGUGCUUCUGCAGGGCCCCUGCCCCCCUAAUUUAUACAGAAACUGGAUCCACUAAUCCUCUGGGAUUGGCCAGCUGGGGAGCUGCAGAUAAGGGUAUCUGCCCCUAAGGAGCAAUGAACAGUGGACACUUUGGAAAACUGAAGACAGGAGGAGGGCAGGUUGUCUUGGCCCACCUCCAAGUCUGCCCGCUGGGGCAGACGCCUGGGUGAGGACUGCUUUUUUAACUCCUUAACAAACACAGCCAGAAAGUGCCCAGAUCUCUCUCAAUCUUUAUUCUUGGUUUCUUGCUGUUAUCCAGAUAAUUAAUAAAAAUCAACCGCACAAAACUGGGUCCCACCCUCUCCUUUUGCUCCCAGCCCACCUCCCUGGUUGUGGGCACAGGUCUGGGGUGGGAGGCAGGGAGUGGCUAAUGCCACCGGGAGGAAAUGAAAACUGGCUCAGAGAGGGGAAGCCUCAAAAGAAAAGAGAAAUAAAUUAAAAG